UCGCUGAUAUAUUAUAUGUUGCCUUUGAUCUCUAGACUCCAAAAACGACUUUGUCACGUUUUCAAAAUACUAACAAUCUCUUCAACCCUCUCAACAGGCAUCCCGAUAACGGCCCACGCAGAAUCCGAUGUGAUCAAUGCUCUGAUCGAGAACUUACAUAACGUAACUCACAAACCACCCAAAUGGCCCCACUUCACCCCGUUGGACCCAAAUUUUGAAAAAGCCAACCUCUUUGCCAAAAGCGGUGAUGUCGAACCACCAAAGUACGCCUACGUAGUCAACGAAAACGAUCCCAACGGAACGUCCGUCGGCAGUCAGGUAUUGCUAGACUUCAUGGACACACCGGUAGUGGCUGUGAAACGAAUUCACGAUGCGACCGAACCCAGUGGGCUGAAAGUGAUCAUCGCGAAGACGAUGAGCGAGAUUAAGCUUCCAGUGGAUGAGUUCACUCGCGAAAAAGUUUCGGCAGCUAUUCGAAAACACCUGAACGAGCACCACAUCAGCGUGACUGAAGUAUCCACCAAGGCGACAAGUAAGGAGUCUUCCUCGGAGCCGAACAUCUCGGAAAUCAUGGAGAAGAAACAGGAAGAUGCUUUGCGCAGUAAGAUAAAGGAACUAGGUCCGGGGGUAGUAUAUCAGGCGGACUUGGAAGAAGCCGUGAAAUUUGCACUGUUCCACGAGGUGGUCCGGUUCAAAACGAUCGAGGGGGAGAGACUGUUGGCGUUGCAGCGAUUCCUGAAUGUUUUGGUAAGGUAUUUCCCAUUUAAUGAGAACGGCAUGAAAUUCUUGAAGGAAGUUAGACAAUAUGUGUUGAACGCCGAAAAGGAAGUUAAUGUCGAAAGUUAUGCGAGCCAAAUCAAGAUACUAGAGCAGAAUAGGGCACCCGUGUUCUCGUCUAAUCGGUGGAUAGGUUGCUCGAGUACCAAGGACGGCCUUAGACGAUAUCCGUGUGGUUUGUGGACUUUGUUCCACUACAUGACCGUCCAAGCAGCCGAAUCGGAGAUUUCAACGGAUCCUUUGGAGAUUCUGCAGGCCAUGCAUGGUUACAUCAAGUACUUCUUCGGAUGUUCCGAUUGUUCCAACCAUUUCCAACAGAUGGCAGCACGUAACAAAAUAUGGAACGUGACCAGCAAGGACGAUGCCGUCCUAUGGUUGUGGUCCAGUCACAACGAAGUUAACAAACGACUGUCUGGCGAUACUACGGAGGAUUCGGAUCACCCGAAGAUCCAAUUCCCUUCGGACGCAAUGUGCCCGGAGUGUCGUAAGCCUAUUCUUACCAACCACCACAACCACCAGCAGUACACAUUGAAGGAUGGACAUGAGUGGAACGUUCUGGAGGUGCUGCAUUUCCUGAAGCGGAUGUACAGUUUCGACAGUAGGAAUCCGUUGGGUUUGCAAGAGGCAAGCCUUGUGCCGCAAAAGUUGGUCCAAAACGGGCUAGGUGACGACUUUCACUCCAACCGAACGUUUGGCAAUGUCUUGAACGAGAUGGACAUCCGGAUGGGCGCCCUGCUUUACGUGGCCUGUAUCGUAAUGCUGGUAGUUGCGGUUAAGAUGGUGGUCAAACGAGGCUACCGAAAGAAGAUGUACACGCACGAUAUUUUGGGAAAGGUGUAGGAAGAUGGCGACGGGUGGGCUCAAUGCAAUGGCUGCUCACUAAUGGUCUAUCGAACUCAUUUCGAUUGCGUCUUUUUCUCAGUCUCUAAUCGUGGAUAGCUUGUAAGCCGAACAGCUAGAAGUGUGCGUUCCUCUUCUACCACAUUAUACAGUGAUAUUUCAGUGUCAAAAACAAAAUGGAAAUCGAUUUUGCGGAUUCAAUAAACUCAACUGUCCUAGUCCUAAGCAACGCGGGAAAUUUAAUCGGGAGAAUCUAUCGUCUACUUCGUUCAGUCAAUUUCCGAGGAGAGGAGAAUAUGUGUGUGUAACUUGUUUGUGAUUUUAAAUAGUGGAAUAAUGAAAUUCGUUAUUAUUUUCUGAAAUAUACAUUCCAGUAAAGUCGGAAAAGCAAAACAGUGCGGAACGUUUGA